GCAUCCUGAGCGGCGCUGUCGGUUGUUUAUGGCGUUGGAUUCAAAACUGGAUUAGAAUUUGUGUUGCGAAACGUGGAAGCACGCACAACUCAGCGUCGGAUAUAACGUUUCGAGCACAUUUGAUUUGCACUUUGGGUUGUCCGGUACACAUGAUUGUUGCCUGCGAAGUGCUUUAGAGGCGUAACGAAGAAAAAAAAAAAAAAAAAAAAGCCAUCCCGUGAGUUACAACUUGGAAGUCACCAUGCCGCGUAAACCUCGAAACCAGGCUGCUACGGAGAAGGUAGAAGCCGCCAGCGUUCCGGCGGAAGAUGGCAAGGCUGAAGACACGGCACCCACUCCGCAGGCCACCCCACGUCGGUCUUCUCGCCAGACAACCAAAGCUGAUUACUCCGGCCGCUCACGGCGCAGCUCCACCGCAGCUCAAACUGCGGCCUCGAAAGCAGAGAGCAGAACAAGUGAAUGCAAUUCACCAGUAGAAUCACCAGCUACCCGAGUGAAAAGUGCACGCAGGGCCUCGGGACAGGGUACAAGACGUGAGAUGCCGCAUUCACGGGCAUCUUCAAAAAAUAUAAACUACGAAGAAAGCGACGGAGAAGAAGACAACAGGGAUGAGGAUGAGUACAAGCUGGACGACGAGUCUGAGAACGAGUCCAACUCUGGUGACGGAAGACGGCGUCGCGGAAGCAACGCCGCGACUUCGAAGACGCGUUCGUCUCCCCGCACGCCACCCAAAGGAAGAGGCAAGGGACGCCCCCGUGGGUCUACGCGUUCCGCAAAGAAAGACGAAGAGUCUGCCGAGGAAGAGGACGAAGAUGCCCCCUCACCACCCAAGAGGACCCGCGGAGCAACGCCAGCAGCUGGAACAGGUCGUCGAGGUCGAAGGGCCGCAGCUGCUCCGGUGCAGGAGUCUCCUGCCCCGUCCAGGAGGAGUGGCAGGCGGGGCCGCAAGCCCGCCAAGGAAGAAGAACCAGAAGAAGUGGCGGAGGAACAGGAAGACGACAGGAAGCGGAAAGCCAGUCCCGACGAAGAUGCUGACGAGAGACAGGACAGCAAGAAGGCGAAAGUAGGGAAGGCAGAGGGAGAAAACAAAAAGGUGGAGGAAGAAGAGAUGGAAGAAGAUGCAAAAGACGGUGAAGUAACAAAAGAAGAGAGUGAGAAGGGAGAAGAGACAAAAAAUGAAGGUGCUACGACAAAGGUUGCGAAGGAAGAGGAAAACAAGCAUGAGGAAAAGAUGGAGGUUGAUGAGGAAAAGAACGAGGAGGUUGUGGAGAAGGCAGCCGAAACAAAGCAGGAUGCGAAACCGGAACCAGAGGCACCGAAGGACACUUGUCCGAAGGAUGCUAACCCGCCCACGAAGGAUGAUGCCUCGAAAACGGCACCGCCGCCACCCUCGGACAAAAAGGAGCCAGUCCCUCCGGAGCCAGUCACUGCGCCUCCAGCUCCCCAACCCCCUGCCCAACAACCACCGGCGGAACCUCCGAAGCCUGCCGAGCCCAUCAACGUAGCCACCGUCAACGGCACGGAGACGUCCAGCGUAUCUCCUCCGCCGAAAGAGAACGGCAGCACCCCGGAUGGGCCCCAGUACUUGUGCAACCCAUCCGUCAGCCAAGCGGACCGCGAGCGUUUGCAGGGCAAGGCCUUUCAGGUCGUGUCACUCAGUGUGGAGGGCCUGAUGAAAGGUGGCGCCGAGGGUGCAGCGAAGGAAAAGUUCUUGUCUGAAGUCAAGAACCUCAACGCCGAUGUCCUCUGCUUACAAGGCGUUACGUCGGAGGAGCAGUUUGGCGCCCAGCUGCAGCCAGGUCUGGAUGCGUUAGGUUACAAGGGAGUGGUCAGCACGAGCGGAGGUGCAAGCGGGCAGGCAACGCUGGCCCGUGCGUCUCGCUUCGUUGUGCAGUCCCACGCCGGUGUGUCCCUGCAGAGCCUCAUUGCCAAGGACUUGGAAGCAUCCCCAUUAGAGCAAGCGGACCGUGAUGCUGUUGCGGCAUACCUGAAACCCGCCGGGGAGGCCCACAUAUUGACCACACGUUUGAGUGCUGUAGCAGACGGACCACAGAAGACCCUGCUUGUAGCCAACUGUUCUCUGGUGCCAACGGACCCCAGUGGGCUUGCCAUACAGACUUGCUGCUUAGCACGAGAACUGUGCCGUGAGCCAAGCCAAGGCCGGAUACUUGCCGGACAGUUGCACCUGCAGGCAGGUAGUGCUGCCCAUCAACUUCUGCGGGAUGGGUACCUGGACGACGACAUGAUUGAGGACCUGCAGCGACGGAAGGACGUACCGUUACCUGGCAAGGAGAAUGCAGCCCUCAUAAACCUGUUAUGGAAGGCGUUUCAACACACAUCUUCAAGUUUGAGAAGUUGCUACGCAACAGUCAAGGGAAGCGAACUCCAGGGCUCCUCUUCUCUGGCGUGGUAUAGUUCGGACAGCCUGCAGGUGCUCGGUGUAUUGGAUCCCGCGACGUCGUCUGCUUUGUCGCCCAUCAAGGCGACACUUGUGUUCUCAGACUGAAGCACUUCAUUCAGACAGACAAUUCUCUGAAUCACCUUCUAGAGUUGGACUAUCCCUACCCACACAUGGAUGCUCGGUGAGAGAUAUACAUACAUGCUGCUUUUAUGAGCUCUGUUUCUUUUUUUAAAAUUUCCAUAUUUUUUUUUUUUUUUUUACAAGUGCCCUCCUUGAGAAUUUCUUCUUUACCUUUUUUGGAAGUCUCGGAAGUUGUACGGUGAAAGGGAAGGUAUAGACAGUGCGUGCGGAAUUGGCGUAGCGUAUCAGGCGGUCCCGGCGUCCCAUGUUGUGCAAAGUAGUUUUUUUGGCGUUGCUUAUAAUUUGUUCCUGGCCAGUAACAUUUGUAAAUACAUGGGUGUCCAGUUUGGGGAGACCUCUGACCUUUGAUAUAUGCGCCCAUCUUUGGCACAGAGAGAGAGACCGGGGAGGUUUGCGUUCUGAUAAGUUGCAAUUUUUGUGUUUUUAGUACUUUAAUGUUAGGACAAUUUCCGCCGAGGAGUUUCUACAAAGAACCCGUAGAAGGGUUGUCUUUUUCUGUCAGGCCCUGCUGAAAGAUUUUUUUAUGCUACUGCCUGUAAUAUACAAUACUGCGUAACGUAGGUUUCUUUUGAUUGAGCAUAUAUCUGAAUUGUCACCUUAUUGGUCAGCUGACAAAGUUUGUAUUUGUAAAACACCUCACAUGCAUAUGCUGUCACACGUCACUCACAAGUGAGAGGACAUUGUUCCUGCGACUUGGUUCUGGUGAGAAACAAAGUAUAUGCAACAGUGCAACAGAAAUGUUUUGUUCUCAUUUACAUGUCAACAAAGUUGUUACUUGCAUUCUUGGCUGGUAUUUGUCUAUUUUAGCUUUGACUGUCUAUUCACGAUUGUCUGAACCUCAGCUGUACAAUGACUACACUGUAGGGGGCACAUUUAUGAGUUUGUUCUGUACUUCAGCAGAGGACACUUAUGUGUUGUCCAUUUUAAACAUUUUGUCACUUAGAAAAAUGCGGGAUUAUCAGCCAUCAUCACCAUCUCGCGUAUUGAAAUCAAGAAUUGUCUUGUACAUACAUAUAACCUCCAUAGUGAUCUGUAGUAAAUGGAUGAGGGUCAUAUUAAAUUCACUGAAAAUGUCGGGAUCUUUGUAUCUUUUUGGUGUUCUCAUACACAACCCUUGUAUCAAAACACUAACGGUGGCAGGAAAGGAGGACCUUUUACUGAGUUUUUUUUUUUUUUUUUAAACUACAUGAGUUGUUGAAACUGCCGAACAUCCCACUACUCAUUGUGAACAAAUAAGGCAGGCUAGACACGUGAGGCACAAGGUAAGUACAGGAUUUUUUAUUUAUUUUUUUUGUAACCAUUUAAGAGUGGGCUACAAGUUGUCGUGCUUAGAGCUGACACCUGUUUGGAUGCCACAAACUUUUUUUCUUCUUUUUCUCUGUACCUUACCGAUUUCUUUUUAGCUUUAGUGGACCUACCCUAAGCGAAAAUCUGCCAUCGUGGCAGUGUUUCUGCACAGAACAAAGAUGAGACCUUUACGUCUGUCUGGCAAAAUACAGAAUUCUUGUUGGCAGCGCGAGGGGGCACGGCACGUCGGAGUUGCUCGUAUGACUGGAUAGUGCUCAGCGGGAUUUUGCAUAUAGGCAGUUUAUAUUAGCUCUAGUCAAGAGUCCCUUUAAAAUCAAAACGCCCUCUGUGAAAAUGUAACACAUGCACAGAGGUCUUGAUGAGACAUUGCCACCGAAUUUGGGAGACAACUGAGAGGGGAAUUUUUUUUUUUUUUGUAUGUAUGUGUACUACACAAAAUGCCAAGAAUAAGUACAAAGAAAACAUGGUGUUUAAUUACAAAAAUGGAAUUGUAAGAUCAUCUUUAAACUGAAACUGCAUACUUGCACAUAAUACUUUUAUCCUUAAAUGUGUGUGUGUGUAUGAGAGAGAGAGAGAGAGAGAAAAGAAAAUUCUGCAUUGUCGCUGGUGGGAUUUUAGCGGAACGCGUACAUGGUGCAGAGCACCAAUGGUGUUUGGGAUACAGUUUGUCUGGUAUUUCUUCUGUGCUUUCAACUUUUUUUUAAAUCUCUCUUUAUUUGAAGCAGCAUUCCUUGUAAAUGUACCAUCAGUGUGGUUUGAGACGACCCAACACUGCACACGUUUCCUGACAUGUAGAUAAAUGAUGUGACGAUGCCUUGUUUAGAGAAGCAGCUGUGCUUCAUCAUUGUCUGUCGUUCACCUGUCUCAGAUAUACAUUGCUGCUGUACAAUAAUCCUGCCCGUUAUGAACGCUGAGGCACGGAUAUUAUUUCCUGGCCCCGCGUCUUGUUUUGUGAGCUCUUCAAGAGAAUUGUAUUGCUUUGACUGAAUAAACUGUGGCUAUUACACAUA